AUGAGAAUUGGGAGAAAGGAAGUGGUGGAAGAAGUGAAGAGGCAGCUAUGGUUAGCAGUGCCUCUCUUCUCAGUUGGAAUUCUGCAAUACAUUCUGCAAACAAUCUCUGUGAUAUUUGUUGGGCGUCUUGGUACCCUCCCUCUUGCUGGUGCAACCAUGGCCACUUCCUUUGCAUCAGUCACUGGCUUCAACUUACUGAUGGGGUUAGCUACUGCACUGGACACAUUUUGUGGUCAAUCAAAUGGGGCAGGACAGUACUAUAUGCUUGGCAUACACAUGCAGAGAUCCAUGUUUGUUGUUUUAACUAUGAGUGUGUUCCUUGCCAUAAUCUGGGCCAACAUAGAACCAAUUCUAAAGGCUAUGCAUCAGGACAAGGCCAUAUGCAAGGAAGCUGGCUCAUAUGCCUUAUACAUGAUCCCAAGUUUAUUUGCUUACGGUCUUCUUCAGUGCAUUCUCAAGUUCUUGCAAACCCAAAACAUUGUGUUCCCAAUGGUGGUAACUUCUGGAAUUGCAGCUGUGCUGCAUAUCUUUUUGUGUUGGCUAUUGGUUUUCAAGUCAAGGCUUGGAAGCAGAGGAGCAGCCUUGGCCAAUUCAAUAUCUUACUGGGUAAAUGCAAUCUUGAUUUUCCUGUAUGUGAGGUUCUCUUCUUCAUGCAAACAAUCUUGGACAGGCUUUUCAAAGAUGGCCUUCCACAAUCUACUAGAAUUCCUUAAACUCGCUGUUCCUUCAGCUCUUAUGCUCUGGAAAUUAUGGGUGCAAUUUUUAGCGCGUUAUGAUUGCGACGAGUCUAAAAUAUUGAUGUUGCGGUCGAAAUUCUUGAAAGUGUGGACAUUUGAACUAAUGGUCCUCAUGUCUGGUCUUCUUCCUAACCCAACAUUAGAAACUUCAGUGCUUUCAAUAUGGUUUGUGUCUGAACUAUACCCAAACACACAACCAAGAAUAUUCUUUGCUUUUAUUGUACAGCAAAACCUUCAUGCGGGUAUAAAAAAAUCAAUUUCCUAUCUUUCCAGCCUUAAUACAUUUGGUCUAGCUUGGAUGAUCCCUUUUGGAUUCAGUGGCGCAGUAAGUAUUCGAGUCUCAAAUGAACUAGGGGGUGGAAAUCCAGAAGCUGCAAGUGUAGCAGUUAGGGUGGUGUUGUCCAUAGCCUUAAUUGAAGGGGUGAUUUUAGUUUCAGCCAUGAUGCUACUGCGGCAUGUGUGGGGGCAUGUUUAUAGUGAUGACAAAGAGGUAAUCAGAUAUGUGUCCGCUGUGAUGCCAACUUUGGCCGUUUCUAGCUUUCUAGAUGGGAUCCAAAGUGCAUUUUCAGAAUCAAAUUUGAGUCACCGGUUAUUUGUUACACUUCCACACAUUCCAGCGAAUCCACAAAAAUCAGGAAUUCUUGCAGGAUGUGGGUGGCAAAAGAUCGGUGCCUGUGUGAAUCUGGCCUCAUUUUAUCUUGUUGGGGUUCCUUGUGCUGUUGUGUUAGGAUUCGUUGUACACAUGAAAUCCAAGGGCCUUUGGUUGGGGAUAAUUUCAGCAUUUGUUGUGCAAGUGUUGUUUUACAUAGUCAUUGCUUUGCGAACUAAUUGGGAGGAACAAGCAAGGAAAGCUCAAAGCAGAGUUGAACGCUCAGCCACCUCGCUGACUACUAGAGACAGCUAA